AUGUCAGUACUUCGACUUCAAGCCUCACGACUUCUCAGACCCGCUUCAGCCCCUUCCGCUAGAGCGUGGAGCAGGGGAUACGCUGCCAGUGUACACGGUAAUGACCCAGAGAUCCUCGAUAAAGAGAAAGCUAAGAACUUGGAAGGAAAACAAGAUGAUUCUUCUCCCCACAAGGAACAUGCUCCAGGAUGGAAUGAACAUCUUGCCUCUCACGCUGAGGCUGCCGUCAAGGCUGACCAAGCUGGACCUACUGGAAAACCAGGAAAGGAACUUCAAGAUGCUACAGUAGAACACACUCACAAGAAGCACAAGUAA